CUUCGGAACUUCAAUCUUCUUGAUACAUACACACUGCUGAAACACAGAAGAGGAACUGGUGGUUUCCGUUUGGAACUCAAGCGAUUCCUCACACAUAUGACACGAAUGAUACAUUCCAAUGCAGCUCGAGGGCAGUAUACAAUGAUCAAGCCCGGUGUUAGAAGAGAUGCAAAGAAGAAGCAAUAUCCGAGUGCACUGAUCGAACAGAUUGUUGAUGGCAUCUCUUCUCUCAUCAUAAACCUUGAUGGUACAGAACCUGACAAGGUGGCACUUUCCAUACUGAUCAAGGAUACAUGGAUAGCAGUUUUGUACGAAGACCGCCGUAAUCCACCACGUUUCUUCCCGUUCUCUGACGAAGAGCUUGAAGCUUUGUCUGGCGAAGGAAGACAUUACGUCAAUAAUGGAAUGAUCCGGAGGAAGAUCGAGCCUGAAAGUGUAAGUGCAAAUUACUGCUAG